GACAAGGUUACCGAUUGAAAUAGUUCAAGCCAUUGUGUUAUACUUGUCAUGUCAAGAUAUCAUGCGACUAUGCCAAGUGUCAAGAAGCCUAUGUGAAUAUUGUGAUGAUCCUGUGUAUUGGCGAUCAAUUUAUUUAGAGCCAGAAAACAAGCAGCUGUGGAAAGUACAAGAAUUAAUAUCGAUCAUUGGUAGACAUGCUGUUGAUAUUCAUUCCAUUCAUAUACGAGGAGCACAAGACGGAGUAAUUCAGUAUAUUCUAUCACACUGUGUGAAUCUAAAGGAGUUGAUCGUCUCUGGCUGGAACACACUUUCGGAUCAUUGUUUAGAUGUGCCGGGUAGAUUAAAUCUGAGAACGAUCAAAUUCAUUGCUCCAGAUUCAACAAGCUAUGUAUCGAUUGAUGCUCAUAGACUAGGCUGUCAUGUUCAUAUCCACGCAGAAACACUUUUAUCUGAACUUGAAAAUACAUCUCCAAGUUUGAAAUCAAUCACUUUGGCAACCAAGCAAACAUGGAAACAUGAACAUAUUGUCAAGCUGAUUCAAAUUUGUAGGAGUAUAGAAAAGAUACAACUUGUACCCGAUGCGGCCAAGGGGUUUAGUAACACAGAUGGAUUUGACAUUUGGUUGAUAAACAAGAUGAAUGAACUUACCGUGGGACACAUGUCUUUUAUGUCUGAUGAUAAUUAUAUAAUUUUAACAAGAUGAAUCUAUUUUUUUUUUUUCCACGCGGAAACUAGCUCGGAAAAAGGAAAUAGAAUAAUAAUUCUCUAGUAUUUUUUUGAAGUGAAAGCACAUGAUAUACCUAAUAAAUCCUC